AACGGAAUCUUAAAUUAGCAAACCUAACACUAUAAACACUAUAAUUACUCCCUGCAAAAUACUAAGUCAAUCGGUUUUGAUCGUACAUUUGAGUGGCGUCUUUCAAAGGCGUGCAGUCCGUUGAGAGCAGCGGCACUCAAGUGUACCACCAAAAUCGACCUAGUCAGCGUCACUCCACCCGGGGCAAAGGGAACCGAAACAACGAAAUCGUGCAAAUCCGCGGCCAUUACGUUAGCUGGCGGCUGGCCGUGUCUGUCUACUUGGUAAGGUAAGAUUCGAUGAGCACGCGUACGCCGGACAGUGCUUCCGUACUAUUCGCGUGCGCUUGGUCGAUCGAAUCGCUGGCAACCUGAGGCACGACCGGGACCAUCGACUGACGCAUCGGCAAGCGGCUCCGCACUCGGUAAUUCUGAUGGAUCCAAAUCCUUCUCUGCAUCUGCAUCUCCGACCAUCUCCCUACAAGGAAUGCAAAACAUGAGUUCUUGAAGCUGGUGGAGUUGGCAUGCUGACCGUAUAAAUGCUGGAAAUUUGAAAAAAGAAACAAGUCAACAAAUCACACUAAAGAAACCUUUUGUUGGUAGUUUAGUUGGCAUCGUUAGACCGUUGUAUCUUUGCUAUUAGAGGCAUCCUUUGUGGCGCGAGUUUCAAGGUGCCGGAAAGCUCGAAAACAAUCUGACCAAAAUAUGGAACUAGCACUAACCUCCCCCCCAUGGGGUCGUGUGUGUGUGUGUGGUAGGAUGUAUCACUUACUUAUUGGCUCAUUUGAAAACUGUGUAAGACACUCUGGAAACCUACGUACGUAUAAACUAUAUAGCCAAUCUCGCUCUAUGUCCUGAUGAGUCACAUCAUAUACCUAUUGUUUUUGGCGAUCACACAAGAAGCACACUAUUACUCUAAUGUUAGCGAUACCUAUACCACACUCUAACCAAUGGUUGAACAUGUUCUCCCAUGGAUGGUGAACCGAUUGUUGUCUAUAUCUACACAUAUUUAUGAUAUGGUUGGAAACAGUAUUGCCCUUAUUCGUACAUUUUAUCACACACUUUGGCGAAACGACGAGACUACUUCGCAUGCGGAUCAGUGCAGAUCGUAGGAGGCGGAAACGUGUGCGCUAACGCGUAACAUCACGUGUAGCGUCAUGAGCUGCUAUGAUAAUCUCUUUGCAAAAUUUGAAUGGCUGCAAGCUUUGCCUAGACGGUAUCAUGAGCAGAGGGCAUAAUAGGAGAUCAAAUCUAUGCUGGUUUGAAGUAUUUAGAGCAAUAUCUAUAACAAAACACAACCAAAGUAUUAAUAAUCAUAAAAAGUUGCAUUUCUCAGCUGGUCCAUCUGGCCGUAGCUAACAGAGAUAUUGAACCAUUCCAAUGGGAGAACAAACAAUCCAUAAAUUGUGCGAAUGUUUAGUGUAGUGAGUGGAUACUUGGCAUGAAUGGAACGGAAUGAACCGAAAUGAUGCGCGCAUGUAGUUCUACAAAAACAAUCUAAUGACUCUAUAUGUACUACUAACUACUUCCCAACGAUUCUGUCCCAUUUUAAUGAUCUAAGCAGCUGCAGCACACAGAAAACAUAACACUUCCCCAACGAACCAAAACGUGAAGCGCGACGAUGAAUUGCUGACUCAAUCAAAAUUUACCAUCCCACAUCGAUAGUGAAAUGCGUUGUACAGGAUUGUAAAAUGCCACAGUGCUGUAAGGUUUCCUUUAAACAGGUUUCAGUUUAGAGACAGUUCAAACGAUUACCGUUGCAUAAUGUUACGGCUUGUUUCUGCACCGGCACUUGGCAGUAAGUUGUUGUUUCGCUUCUCCAAAAAUUGGCGUACGGCGUAUAAAGUUAAGUUAAGGACACGCGUUUAAUGCGUGACGAUCGACUUGAUACGAUCAGUUAACAAAGCAUUCGAAACCACUACUUCCCACCCACACGAAACAAUAUAUCGUCUCCAUUCUCGGAGGCAUUUGCUGUCGUCGCUUCGUCGUAUCGGUGUGAUUUUGCUGUUUGUUCCCGGUGUGUGUUAUUUGCCUCCAUAUAGGCAGUCGAUCUUGUUGUGCCGGAUUGACGCUGGUACAACAGAACUAUUGCUGUAGCUAGACGAAGAAGGAGAGAAAGGGGUUUAGUGAAAUAAACCUAUCCCGGUCCCCGGUCGGUGAGCCGCGUUAUCGUGAGUUAGACAAUAACUUUUGCUGAUGUCUCUUUGAACGAGGAUAACAUUAUUUGAACAAAGAAACUCCGGUUGACAAAACUCAAGAAGAAACACUCAUCGCAUCUCAUUGCAUCUCAUCGUGUUACUCUAGUAUGCAAAAUAUGUCUAAUGAACAAUCAAACCCCCUUCCUCUCGCGUGUACCCUUUAAGCACCUAUUUCAUACUCAUCGCGCAGAUUGAUGAGUUCCUUUUUUUCUUUCUGUAGCUCAAUCAAUCAUGUAGCAUGUUCCCACCGCCCCCGCGGGGAGGAAUGUGCAUCUUAAACAAUCUUUAAAAGGCUGGUAUGGGGUCACACACACAAACACAAACGUUGGAAAGGGUUCAGGAGGAUAUGAUUGCAUCAAUAAACGGAUCAGUGGUAUCCUUGUAACGCUCUAACGAUACUAUUACCUAUCCUCUUAUCUCUAGUUGGUGUUGAUAGAACGUCGACGGAGAGUACACAUACACUAACCCACCCACUAGUAACGAACAACGGAUUUUCUAUUGUUUUGGAUUAGAGCCCACACGCUUUGUGCUGUUUCGUUAACGACACCGCAUUGAUCGCUUCUCUAUACUCUUAAAAAUCCGAUAAACUUUACAAAAAACAAAUGUUGUUCGCCGUGAGAGCUGCAGCCCACGGUUGUAAGUUUCGUAGCACAACCGCCAGGACGGUAUAAAACCGCUAGUAGUAAGAGUAUUUUAACUCCGUACGGUGUAUAAAACGGUUGCUUUACAGAUAAGGAAUGCCAUGUAGUCAUAUGCCAAACAUACUAUCGUAAAGAUGCUAGAUUUGUUGUUGAAACACAAACCAUGUGAAACGAAGCUGGUAACGAUAAUCAUAUUUACAAAGCAUAUAUUACCAAAGCAUAUUUAAUCCGUUGGAUCCGUAGCCGAUUUGCGGGGAUAGGAAUAAUCCAUUAAAUAUACAAACCCAAAUCGAUCGCUAGACUUAAGCUACUAAGACAUAGCAUAGUAUCCCGUGCAAACAUUACUUGCCAAACAAAAUAUACAAUUUAUAACUCUACUAACUUGUAGCCAAUAUACAAACAGAACAUUACAACAAACAAUGUAGUAAUUGAAUAACGUUAGGGCUAUAGGAGAUAUAUCCAUAUUGGCGUGCAGUUUAUAUGCCACAGGUGUAGUAUAUAUUUUGUGCAAGCGGCCAUUGAAAACAGGUCGGAUUUUUUUUGUAAAACACAUGUUUAUCAAUGUAUAUCAACACGGCGGAGUGGAGAACAAAAGGAAACAAACAACAAAAAAACACACAAAAUCAAUAAUAGAAGAAUGAUAGCUAUUGAACGUGACCAAAAAACAGCAGGCAUGCAUGCUGCUUACUAUGCUGAUAACUAAUAUGUACAAUCAAGACGAGCAAAAAUGGGGAACACAGAAUA